CGAACACUUCGAACAACCCGAAUACUCCCAACAAUCCGACCCAACCUAAUGUUUUUUCGGUUCCGGGAUAUUAUCCAACGCUAGAACCGAACCAAUUCUCGCAAUAUUCAUCAAACGCGUUUGCUUCAUUCCAACAAUCGCCAAACCAAUUCGCUCAAAUCUCCCAAAAUCAAGCCCUUCAACAAAUGAUGAUGCGGGGUGCUUGGAACUUCCCACCCGUUCAACCUCAACCGAUCCCCACACCCCCCGUUCAACCUCAACCGAUCCCGACCCAAUCCGAACCCGAAGACGAUGUGGAGAUUGUGCCCGAAACCCAACCGCCUAAAGGGAAAGGAAAACGAAACAAAGGCAAACAAGUGGUGGGUGAUCAAACGUCGAAACCGAAGGCGAUUAAGUGGACCCCAAUCGAAGAAGAAGCCUUAGCCAAGGCUUUCAUUGGCACUUCCGACAACCCGGUAAAAGGUAAUAACCAACCGGGUGAGGGGUUUUGGUCCAAGGUAUUGGCCAAGUUUCUCGCCAUGAUGGACCAAGGCCCGUAUAGAGAUCUCGACUCGGUUUCCUCGAAGUGGCGAAAAUUGAACUCGGCCAUUAAUCGGUUUUGCGAGGAGUAUAACAAAUUAUAUACAAGUGACCGUCGUAGCGGGUGGAACGACGAGGAUGUGUUCAAAAUGGCAUUGGAAAAGUAUAAGCAAAAUCAUGGUUCCAACUUUCCUCACGUUCGCGCGUGGAUGGUUGUAAAAGACGACCCAAAAUGGGCGCCUAUUCCUAACGAGGUGGCGAUGGCGAAACGCCAAAAAACAUCGGAAACGGGUAGUUUAAGCGCCGGUGGAUCGGACGCGAGGUGUCACAUAAACUUAAAUGAUGACGCCGACUAUGACGAAGACGAGUAUAACGUACGUGAACCCGAGCGUCCACCGGGCCGAGACAAAACAAAGAAGGAGCGGGCCAAGGGAAAAGAAAAGGAAAAGGUGGACCCGAACAUGGUUGAGUUUAUGGAACACCUAAAAAUGUACAACGACGUCACGGCCCAAAAGACGAAGGCGAAGGAGCGGGGCAUCGAAGAAAAAAGUCGUGCAUCGGAAGAAAAGUUAAAAGAGAAGGUCCGAUUGUCGAAUGAGAAAAUCCGAAUUUCCGAUGAAAAAAUUCGGCUUAAGGAAUGGGAAAUAAUGACGAUGAAUGUCGAGGACGAACCCGAGCCGAAACGUUCGAUGUUGAAAAAAUUACAACACGACAUCAUGAAAAAACAUCAAAUUAUUUAACUUUAUGUUUAUUUUUAUUAAGUCUUUGUUUUUUUUUUAAGUUUAUGUUUUUUUUUUAUAUUUAUGUAAUGUGGGUUUAAUAUUAAUGAAAAUAUUUUAUUAGUAUAUUUGUUAAAUGUUAAAAAAAAUAGGAUACUAAAAAAAUAAAAAUA